AAUGAGAACGACUUCUGUUUUCCUUUCCAAACUACAGUAUUAUGGAUCGAACGCCUCUACCAAAACCCGGGGCUGGAUUUAAGUUCCCAUGGACAAUCUUCGUUCUUUCGACCGUGCUCCUGUUGUCGAUCGGCGCAUUCCAUUUGCGAUGGGAUCGGACUAUUUCAUCGUCGCCAAUACAUCUACCCCAAACCUUCUAUACCUUCACGAAGCACCGCGAUCUUAUAGCAUUUGACGAGAACACACAGAAGAGUUGGAACUCUAUCAUCGGAUCAGAAUGGUGGGAUAUGAGUUGGACCGAUAGCUCCGGUCAAGUUGUGGUUCGCGGACUAGAUAUGUUCCACAAGCUUCACUGUUUGAUCGCUUUGAGAGAAGAAUUCACAAAACUGAGUCUCGAUUCUGAUCGCCAUCUCUUCUUCCAAGGGCAAAAGCCGGAAUCUAUGGCUGCGGAAUUACAUUUGGGACAUUGUUUUGAUUUCUUACGCCAGGGUAUUCUUUGUGCUGCGGAUUCGACUCUUGAGCCCCUCGGACCUGGAUAUACAGAGACAGACGGAACAGGGGUUUCACACCAGUGUUACGACUGGACGGUGCUUAUGUCGCAUGCUGGACUCAAGAACCAGUUCACACAAACUCAAUAA